AUGACUACUCCAGCUCCGCCUGUGCCUCAAACACUCGCCAGCAAAGUCGCUGUGGUCUCCGGCUCAAGCCAUGGCAUAGGCGCCGCUAUAGCCCAAGAGCUCUCUUCUCGGGGCGCGUCAUUGGUACUGAAUUACCCUACGCCAGACCUUGAGGACACAGCAGAGCAGCUAGGCAACUCCCUGGCAGGUUCAUUCGCUUCUGUUUGCGCCGACAUCUCCACAGCCGAUGGGCCCGCAAAGCUCAUCGACGCUGCCGUCAAGGCAUUUGGCAAGAUAGACAUUCUUAUCAACAGUGCCGGGAGGAUCAUCGUCAAACCUUUCGAGGAGCAAACCCUUGAAGACUUCACCACGCUCGUGAACACCAACCUUCGAGGGAUGUGGUUACUCACCCAAGCUGCCUUGCCUCAUCUGCCGAAGAAAGAGGAAGGCGGCGGUGGAAGGAUCGUCAAUAUGUGCAGCGGAGUCGCUAGACAGCCUAUGGCGAACCAAAGCACGUACUGCGCCACGAAAGGAGCCAUUGACUCACUGACAAAGGAGUGGGCAAGGGAGUUGCCGCCCAAGUACGGUUGUACGGUCAAUUCCGUUGCUCCCGGCCCAAUCGAGACGCCGGGCAUGCGGGGCUGUAUGACGGCAGAGGAGAUGGCAGUGGUCCAGCCACAGAUGGAAAUGGCUACUCCAGUUGCUCCGCGCGUCGGCAAGCCGGAAGAGGUAGCAUGGGCGGUAGCUUUCCUGUGCGAGGAGAGAAGCCGGUGGAUAAACGGAGAGUCGCUGUUUGUUAGUGGUGGAUUGGUCAUUGAUUAG